AUGGUAUUUUCGACUAGGACUGUUAGAGGUUUGGCAGUGCCAUUAACCGCUUUUCUAUAUGCACUAUUAUUGAUAUGUACACCUCUAUUAUCUGGAGGUUCGCGGUCUUCGCAUGGUGUUGCACAUGCGGGAGAGGAGAACGCUGAUAGUUAUGGAACCGUAAUCGGUAUUGAUUUGGGUACCACAUAUUCAUGUGUGGCAGUUAUGAAAAAUGGUAAGGUUGAAAUCUUGCCUAAUGAACAAGGUAACCGUAUUACGCCUUCUUAUGUUGCAUUUACGAAUGAUGAACGUUUAAUUGGUGAUGCUGCUAAGAACCAAGUGGCUGCUAAUCCUAAGAACACUAUUUUUGAUAUUAAGCGUUUAAUUGGUUUGAAAUACAAGGACAAAACUGUACAGCGCGAUAUUAAGCACUUACCAUUUGAUAUUGUAAGUAACAAGAAUGGAGCACCCGCUGUAUCUGUUAGCGUUAAGGGCGAAGAGAAGACCUUUACGCCAGAGGAAAUUUCUGGUAUGGUUUUGGGUAAGAUGAAGCAAAUCGCUGAGGAUUAUCUAGGUAAGAAAGUCACUCAUGCUGUUGUCACAGUUCCAGCAUAUUUCAAUGAUGCUCAGAGACAAGCUACUAAGGAUGCCGGUACUAUUGCUGGUUUGAACAUUUUGAGAAUUGUUAACGAACCAACUGCUGCAGCUAUUGCAUACGGAUUGGACAAGACCGAGGAUGAACACCAAAUCAUUGUAUAUGACUUAGGUGGUGGUACCUUCGAUGUUUCAUUAUUGUCUAUUGAAAACGGUGUUUUUGAAGUCCGCGCUACUGCUGGUGACACUCACUUGGGUGGUGAAGACUUUGACUACCAAAUUGUUCGUCACUUCUCCAGAUUAUUCAAGAAGAAGCAUGGUAUUGAUGUCACUGGCAAUAACAAAGCUAUGGCUAAAUUGAAGAGAGAAGCUGAGAAGGCAAAGCGUGCUUUGUCCAGUCAAAUGUCUACUCGUAUUGAAAUUGACUCGUUUGUGGAAGGUAUUGACUUCUCGGAAACUUUGACUAGAGCUAAGUUUGAGGAGUUAAACUUGGACUUAUUCAAGAGGACCUUGAAGCCUGUUGAAAAGGUCUUACAAGAUUCUGGUUUGGCUAAGACUGAGAUUGAUGACAUUGUCUUAGUUGGUGGUUCUACUAGAAUUCCAAAGGUUCAACAGCUAUUGGAGGACUUCUUCGAUGGUAAGAAGGCUUCAAAGGGCAUUAACCCAGAUGAAGCUGUUGCCUACGGUGCUGCAAUCCAAGCUGGUGUUUUGUCAGGUGAAGAAGGUGUUGAAGACAUUGUUUUAUUAGACGUGAAUGCUUUGACUUUGGGUAUUGAGGUUACUGGUGGUGUUAUGACACCCUUGAUCAAGAGAAAUACAGCUAUCCCAACUAAGAAGUCUCAAAUUUUCUCUACUGCCGUUGACAACCAACAAACUGUUAUGAUUCAAGUUUACGAAGGCGAGAGAGCUAUGGCCAAGGACAACAAUUUGUUAGGUAAGUUCGAAUUGACUGGUAUUCCACCUUCACCAAGAGGCGUUCCACAAAUUGAGGUUACGUUUGCUUUGGAUGCUAAUGGUAUCUUGAAGGUUUCUGCAACUGAUAAAGGUACUGGUAAAUCUGAAUCUAUCACCAUUAACAAUGACAAGGGUAGAUUGUCUGACGACGAAAUUUACAAGAUGGUAGAAGAAGCCGAAAAGUACGCUGCCGAAGAUGCUGAAAUCAGAGCUAAGGUAGAAUCAAGAAACAAAUUAGAAAACUAUGCUCACUCUUUGAAGAACCAACUACAAGGCGCUUUGGGUGAAAAGUUGGAAGAGGAAGACAAAGAUACCUUGAUGGAUGCAGCUAAUGAUGUUCUAGAAUGGCUAGAAGACAACACAGACACCGCUAGUAAGGAAGAAUUUGAUGAAAAGUUUGAGUCCUUGUCCCAGGUCGCUUACCCAAUUACUUCAAAGUUAUACGAAGGCGCAGCUGGUGAUGCCGCUGGUGGUUUCGAAGAAGAGGAAGAAGAUGCAGAUGAUGAUUACUUUGACCACGACGAGUUGUAG